AUGUUAAAUGCACUCAAUAUUACCUCAGCCUGUGAUUUUCAUAUUCAUUUACGACAAGAUGCCUUAAUGAAAUUGGUCGUUCCUCUUGUGGCUGAAGGAGGUGUUUCAUUGUGUUAUGUUAUGCCAAAUUUAAAACCACCAAUUACCUCAACAGAACAAGCUUUAACAUAUAAAGGCAAACUUCAAGAGUUGGCACCUAAUAUCACAUUUCUUAUGAGUGUUAAAUCGUAUCCUAGAGGUGUUACAACUAAUUCAGAUUCAGGAAUUGAAUCAUAUACGAAUUAUUAUCAAGUAUUCAAAGCUAUGGAAGAAGAAGGAAUGAUCUUAAAUCUUCAUGGUGAACUCCCUAGUGACCCAGAUCAGGAUGUAUGCGUUUUAAAUGCAGAAGAAAAGUUUUUGGUUCACUUACAAAAAUUACAUCAAGAUUUUCCAAACCUAAAAAUUGUCUUGGAACAUGCAACAACUAAAGCUGCGGUUGACGUCGUUAAAUCUCUUGGAGAUACUGUUGGCUGCACAAUUACUAUCCAUCAUCUUCAAUUAGUAGCGGAUGAUUGGGCAGGAAAAUGCCAUAAUUUUUGUAAACCAGUUGCAAAAUAUCCUCAUGAUCGCCAAGCAUUACGUGAUGUGAUUCUUGAAGGUCAUCCAAGAUUUUUCUUGGGAACAGAUUCAGCGCCACAUCCAGCUCAUUUGAAAGAAUGUGCUCAAUCAUGUGCAGGUGUAUUUACAACACCUUUGGCUUUAGCUUAUCUUGCAACAAUAUUAGAUUCAUUUGGUGCAAUUCCAAGAUUAAAUGAUUUUGCAUGUGAAAAUGGCAAGAAAUUUUAUGAAUGUCGCAGGUUUUCGAUAUUAAAACUUGCAGAAAAGACCGAGAACUUACAUUUAGCAAAUGAGAACAAACAAAAUCAGCAAACUAAAGACUUAUCAAAAGAAAAUCAUUUUAACGAAGAUUUUGGAUUUCAUGAAAGUAAUAUUAAUGACACAAAAAAUGACGAAUGUCUUAAAAGUGAACCAGGGGAAAGGAAAUUAUCAAUCGACGAUUCAUACAAUCAAAAAAUGCUUAAAUCUUUUACUUCUGGGCCUGAUAAUCCAAUUCAAAUGGAUUACGAACCAAUCGAAAGAAAACUUUGUGAAUUACCUGAAAUAUUAAAAAAUAGACCAUUGACGCCAAUAAUAGUUAAUGUUAAUAUAGACGAAAUAAAAGCAUUUAGCGCAAAUUUUGAUAUUGGUCUAUUAAUGUGGAUUAUUAUUAAAGAUGAUACCGCAAGUCAAGAUGUAAUAAUAUCAGAAAAUAUCCUUGAAUCACUUUUUGAAAUGGAUGCUCAAGAAUUUCGAAGAAUUAUUGCAGAGGGUGAAACCAGUCGUAUU